AUGGGGAGAUCAACAGUGACACACCUUACCGAGCUCCCGAAUGAAAUCUUAUGCGAAAUAAUUAAACAUCUUAGUCACAGCAUUGACCUCUGUGCACUUUCACAAACUAACCAUUGUCUAUAUGAGCUUGCUACUAAGCAACUCAACUCAAAUCUCCGCCACAUUUUCCGGUCAAAAUCAGUGCACCCAGAACACAAAGCGCUUCGCUGGGCUGCUGUAAAUGGGAAGGAGUUGAGUGUUCGCAAGCUACUUCAAGCCGGAAUUGACAUUCCAGUUCCUCGUAAUUUUGAAUGGCAUCCGAUUAUCCUUGCAGCAGAGAAGGGGCACCCCAAAGCUGUGCAAGCCUUUCUUGAGCAUGGCGUCGACCCAAAUCCUCCCAUAGGGUUCGCUUCGUCUUUACGGGGAAAUAGAUUUGGCAACCCUUUAACGAAAGCAAUUGAACGUGGUCACGAAUCAGUUGUAAGAAUCUUGAUUGAUCAUGGAGUUGAGCUAGAGUUUAGCAGGCAAGAAGAAGUCAAUAUCCAGCAGCCUUUGUCUAUGGCGACAGAAAGACACCAGGUAGGACUGGUCAAAAUUCUCCUUGAUCGUGGAUGCAAUCCUCAUACUCCUGACUUUCGAACAUCCCACCUUUACGAAAAAUCCGCGUGGAGGAUUGCUGCGGGCCGUGAUUUCAAUAUCCUUCAAAUGUUCAUUGACAAGGGGGCGGAGCCAAUCUUUUUCGCUCCCUGCAACCCAAUUUCUGGUGCCAAAAACAUAUAUCACUGGGCGCUGUUGGAUGCUCUUCGUUUAAACAAUAUGCCGCUUGUUAAAUUCCUUUUUGAGCAAGGUGUUGAGCUCGAAAGUCCUGCUGAUAGAUGGUGGCACGUUCUUGAGCAUAUUCACGACGAGGACCCUUUGCAUGCAAUUAGCCGAGCAAUAGGCCUAAAUCCUCAGGAUGCUGAGUUCUUGAUGGGAAAAUUCGAUUUGAAUGGUAUUUUGAAUGGUCACAAUUUGCGCCCUCUUGUGUCUCUCAUGGUUGGUGCCAUCCGCGGUGGUGCGUAUUCAUUGACGAAGCUUCUGUUGGAUGCGGACCCAGUCUCAAAACGUCCAAAAGUCGAUUGUGUCGAGUGGAAAGACCAUCUCAGCUCUUGCAUGUGCAUUGCCAUACGACUUGGUAAUAUCAAGCUAGUAAAUUUGCUGCUUGAUUACGGAGCAGAUCCAAAGGGGGUUGUUCGAGACAAACAGACUCAAGACGGCUAUUGGCCACCAAUAUUUGCAGCAGCUGAGGGCGGCCAUACCGAGAUUAUCGAAUUGCUACUCGAUCGAGGCGCAAAUCCAUUCCCUCGCCAGCCUCGCACUCUCUUUGAGAUAGCGAUUGAUUCAUCGACAUCCAAAUCACCCACAGAUAUCGUUCGCCUUUUGAUCAAAAGGGAUAUUCUUACUCCUCAAACAGGAAAUGAUCGCAAUAUUCUGGAAUGUGCUGUCCUCGGGGGAGCAGAGAUUUUCCAGCUUGUGGUACAACAUAUGGGUAUCAAGCUUCAAAAAGGCAAAUCCUGCCAUGAAGCAGCCCUACGCAAAGCGUUUGAGAAGCGCAACACCGCUAUUAUUGAAUCUUUCAUCAGAGCCGGGUUUGACCCUAUUCUGUGA